AUGUCCUUUUCCAGCGGCGGCGGUGGUGGCACUUUGGCACUGCCCUCGCCCACCCACGUCCAUCAUAUGGACCCGACAGCUGUGCGCAAUCUUCGGAGGUCUAUGUCACGAUCGCCCUCCAAAUUCCUCACACGAACAAGUUCCCAAGGUUCAGACAAGGCGCGACAGAGCUCACAAUCUCCGUGCCGACGAAUCACUACAACACCACUCCACCAACGCUCGGCCCUGAGGCCUCCGCAGUCGGCUCCGCCAGCUGUCAGCUCGACGAUUCUUUCCCGCGACCCUUCCCUGUCACCUGCGCAAACACCCCUUCGGACAGGUGUCAAACUUUCGCUCCGAUCCGGCGCUGCUAAGAGCGCGAAGUUGACAACCCCUUCACGCAUCACCCGAACGCGAGCGUCCUCAAAGAGCCCCUUGAAGCGCGCCUUGAGCGCCACGCCUGACUCGGGAAACUCCAACUCCUCGCGCUCGCCUACGUUUUCUCCAAGAGGCCCGAGAUUCUUCGACCAGGAAAACAACAGCAUCAACGACACUCCCAGCCGCUCAGUACCGCGAAAGGCUAUCGACAGAUUGACCCGACAUAGUGUGCAAUCUGACCGUGCGGAAGCCUCUCAGCUUUUGUUUCUAAAGACCCUGGAUCCGAUCAGCGACUCUUCCAUGCCGCCUACAGCAGGUGCCCUGAAGCGCAGCGACGCAACGAUGAACUUGGACAAGUCGAACCAGGGCAGCCCAGUCGCCAAGCGACGAAGCUUGCACGGUAUUGUGAGCUCUGUGCAGACGGGGGAUGUGAACGUUUUCGGCUCGGGGGGCUCCCCGCCUAGCGGUUUCGACAUACAUGAAGACGCCUUCCCUGAAUACGAGCUUUCUGGCAUAUCGGGGGCUGCUCUACGGGAUGCCCUAGCGUCUCAUACCUCAGCGUCCAACAUUCCAAAACGGUCCUCGUCUCUCCGGCGAUCAACGCUGCAGCAACGCUACGGCGAAAAGACUUCGUGGGGGAAACGGUCUGGUGAGCGACAGCUUUCGCAGCUGGGCGGUGAUUUCUCGACGCCUGUCAGGCACCGCCCGCGUCUCUCUACCGACUCAUUCGUGCCCCCAUCAGCAGUUCGAGAGAAUCCCUUUGCGCCCAGCGCGGCCAUUUCCACGGCGGAGAACAAGACCCACCAGCCUCACCCGCUGUCCAAGACGCUGACUACCUCAACAUCUGGCAACAGUUUGACUGAGGAGCAGUCGCUCUAUGCGCCUGCAAAGGUCGCGAAACGGCCGCAUGCCUUCUCCAGGUCUCUGCCGCCCGGUGCCAGUCGGCCCACUGCUCGAUCUUUCAUUGAACAGAGGGCUGCCAUCGCAACGCCGAACCAGUCGCACCAGCUCUGGGUCGGCGCCUUCAGCUCCACCGGCCUCGUCUCCAAGGUCAAUCGAAACCCGGAGGAAGAAGCCGAAAAGAAGAUGGCACCGCCUGAUACACCCUGCAAAAAGCACAUUAACCCAUUCGCAACCUUCCCACCGCCAACGGGCAGUUCUGGAAAGAAGAGAGGAAGCACUCGCUACUCCUUUGGCGGCAUCCCUUCCACCCCCUUCCAGAACUCCCUCCUCCCCCGUGCCCCUGACACCGUUGGUAACCCUUCCAAAGGCCUGUCGAUUUUCCAACGCAGCAGCGCUAUGACUUCCCGCCGUGGGAGCAUCCUCAGUGUUGAUGGCGACGACCGGAAAUUGUUUGCCGAUAGCCUCGACUUUGCGGCCUCCGCCGAAGGCGAAGAAGCCCCCCCAACGCCGACCAAGAAUCUGUUGACGCCAAGCUUCAGCGGCCUGAGCAGCCUUAGUGAAAGUUCUCAGGAAAGCCCGAGUGCCAACCGAACAAUUGCCCUGUCCUCGUCAACGGUCAAGGCAACGCCAACACGAGAAAUCAGUUCGAGCCCUGCCGAUGGAAGGCGCACCCCCCAGACCCCCCAGGACAGCCUCCUACCAUUAGAUGCUAGCCGUUUGUCCAUCUCUCGCAGUGGAGGGGGUCGCGGAGAGACAACCAUGCCGCCGCCGGUCACGCCCACCACGUCCCGGGAUUUUCGAUCUUCCAUGAGCAUCUUCGUCACGCCGGUCAAUGGUCGCUCCAACAACGUGGACGUCGACGCCAGUCUCCACUCCAAGUUUGACAAGGUUGAACAGAUUGGCAAGGGCGAGUUUUCCACAGUCUACCGUGUCACCAAGCAGGAUCACCAGAUUGCCCUCUCUGCAUCUUCUUUCACUCCCCUUGGCAGCCCCAGCAAAAGCCCUGCCAAGAGCCAGGUCUUUGCUGUCAAGAAGAGCAAGCAGCCGUACCAUGGACCCAAGGACAGGGACGCCAAGCUGCGCGAAGCGAGAAUUCUACGGGCCCUUUCACAUUCCGAGCACGUCGUUCAAUAUAUCGACGAUUGGGAGCAUAACUUUCACCUCUAUAUCCAGACCGAGUUUUGUGAAGAGGGAACGCUGGAUAAAUUUUUGGCCAACAUCGGACAGAUUGGUCGAUUGGAUGAUUUCCGCAUCUAUAAGAUCUUGCAAGAUCUUUGCUUGGGCCUUAAGGAAAUCCAUGACGCCGGAUUCAUGCAUCUAGACAUGAAACCAGCAAACAUCUUCAUAACCUUUGAAGGAGUCAUCAAAAUUGGCGAUUUUGGAUUGGCGAGGGCCAUUUCUGAAGAUGUGCAGUUGGACAUUGAGGGCGACCGUGAAUACAUGGCGCCGGAAAUGUUGGAAGGCAAAGCCGACCAGUCUGCCGACAUCUUUUCUCUUGGUCUGAUGACUUUGGAAACGGCAGCCAAUGUGGUGCUCCCUGACAAUGGGCCUACAUGGGUUGCUCUCAGGUCUGGUGAUCUCUCCGAAGUGCCGAGCCUUACAUGGACGCCGUCCAGCGAUGUUCAGCGAGAUGCUCUUGGUAACCCGACCGAGUCCGCGAUGAGCGAUGAUCUCCGAGCCGAGACGACACGCAGCCCCGGCAACCUGUUUGGCUCUUUUAAGCGAUCGGAACUUCAGCAGCCUCCUGAGUUCAUGGUUGAUGCAUUCCAUUCCAGCUCGCUCGACUCCAUCGUCCGGUGGAUGACGCAGCAGGAGCCCGAAGACCGACCGCAUAUCGAGGAAAUCCUGGCCCUGGAAGGUAUGCAAUGGGUGGCAGAGCACCGCAAUGCGCCUGCCACUGUCUACGAAGGCAACUGGGGCCCCUCGGAGUUGUUCCCCGUAUCUAUCGCUCAUGACACCAGCGACCUCGAAAUGGCUGAUGCGUAA